CGAUGGGUCUCACCGGAGUCGGCGCUUGAAAGUUCAUUGACAUAGAAAUGAGCGGGUUAAUGAAGUUAUCUGCAUUGACGUUCAGGUGAAGGCUCCGAAGUCCGAACCGGAGGGACCUACGGUUUCCCGUCUUGCCGGCGCCAGCAUGGCCGCGCGCGCCGGCCUGCUCACCCUCCGUCUGCGACCGGCGGCUACCCGUGCCGCAGCGGCUCGACCGACGGUCAUGACCACAUUUUCCUCCCGGCUCCUCCUCUCGCACUCCUCCUUUUCGUCGACUCCCUUCCCUCUCCAGUACGAGCUCAUCACCUCCCACCCCGUCCUGCCGCUUGCUUCCCCUCGUCGUUCCCGCAACAACCCCGACAAGGACCUUGCAGCCAUGGGUUCGUUUGGCCCACAGGAAGGGGAGGAGGAGAUGGAUAAAUCCAAGCGCAAGUACUACCUCAAGCGCCGGAAACGGAUGUAUGGCUCAGAUUCGGACGACGAACGCCGGCGCGGAAGCGAGGAGUUCGUCGAGAUGCGGCCGGAGGUGGUCGAGUUCCCGACCUUGCACGCCAGGGAGGAGGAGCUAUACUUCUACGACGCAUUCGCGUUUCCAUGGGAGAAGGACAAGCAUUACCGGAUGGUCCAUCAGUUGGAGAAGAAGUACUUCCCCGGGCAGGGGCUCGAGAACGCUUUUCUGCAGCCGGGCGAGGAGAAGAAGGAGAAGCAAGGGAAGGGAACGAGGAGGAGGAAGGUGCACGAAGGAGGGGAAGAUGAGGGGGACGAUAAGCGGUUGAUGUUCUUCGAGGACGGAAAGGAGAAGGAGAAGAAGCCUCAGAAGAAGCCGGAGGAGGCUUUGGGAAAGAAAGUGGAGGUUUCAGAAAGGAAGGUGGAGGAAUUCUUCAAGGGUUUGAGCAAGGGGUCUAGAGUCGGGGAUGUUACAGGGGAGCCCUAUAUAUUAACUCGCAGCGACGUUCUUCCUGCCCGGUGGGAUGGUCCUUCUGGCACUGUCGUAUUGAUUGAUAAGCCCAAAGGUUGGACUUCUUUUACAGUUUGUGGAAAGCUGCGUCGCUUAGUUAAAGUGCAAAAGGUUGGUCAUGCUGGUACGCUUGAUCCUAUGGCCACUGGCUUGUUGAUUGUCUGUGUUGGUAAAGCAACAAAGCAGGUCGAAAGGUUUCAGGAUAUGUUUAAAGGUUAUAGUGGAGUUUUUCGUUUAGGAGAAGCAACUUCAACUUGGGAUGCUGAUUCACCGGUCAUUCAAAGGGAGCCAUGGGAACAUAUAAAAGAUGAGGAUAUUAAACGGGUUGCGGCUUCUUUUUGUGGAGAGAUAUGGCAGGUUCCUCCAAUGUUUUCUGCCAUAAAGGUUGGAGGCGAAAAGUUGUAUGAGAAAGCAAGAAGGGGAGAAACAAUUGAGCUUUCAGCUAGGCGUGUCUCAAUUUUCCAGUUUGAUAUUGAGCGCAGUUUAGAUGAUAGGCAAAAUUUGAUUUUUAGGGUGACUUGCUCCAAGGGGACAUAUAUACGCUCCCUGUGUGCAGAUUUUGGGAAGGCCCUUGACAGUUGUGCGCAUCUUACAGCCCUGCGAAGAGACCUAAUUGGAAAAUAUUCUGCUGAUGAUGCCUGGGAUUUUCAGGAAUUACAAGAACAGAUCACUAAGGGAUACAUGUAAAACGUGUCAAAGUCGUUGGCCAUGUACUUUGUUAAUCUAUAGAGCUUGCAAGGGGUAAUUCUUCAGCAAUUGUAUGACGGGAUAAUAGGUUAUGGUAUUUCUUGAUAAAUGAAUGGAAGGCUUUCGAGUCACUUGUGGUUGCAAAAUAAACAAACAGAACAGCAAAGGCCUCCAUUCUUGUACUAGACAGGCAGCUUUCUGAUUGAAUGGCCACAGGUCAGCCAACCAAGCGGCAAGCUCUUCAUAUUCUCAUUAUGAGGUGCACAUAGUUGCCGUUCUUUCUGCA